UCCAAUCAAAAGUCAAAACCGGUCAAACCUGGAGUCUGCGCGUCCGCGUAACUCUCAUAAUCCACGUUUACCGUCUUCAUUCGCCCGACCUCGUGUCCUUUUAUACAAACGCUGAACUUUCGUCUUAAAAACCAAGCCUUACCACAACAGCUUCCCCUCAUAAUUCACCGUCUCCCCCACGGUUCCUUCAGUUUCCGGUGUGUACGGUUGCGGUAGUUUAGUAUCUGAGUUGCCUGAAACAAAAUGGAUGGUGGGUUUAGAGUGCUUCAUCUUGUGAGACCGUUUCUUUCGUUUCUGCCUGAAGUGCAGAGUGCUGACAGGAAAGUUCCCUUUAGAGAGAAGGUCAUAUACACUGUGAUCUCUCUUUUCAUUUUCUUAGUUUGUAGCCAGCUCCCUCUGUAUGGGAUACAUUCUGCAACUGGUGCAGAUCCAUUCUAUUGGCUGCGUGUUAUUCUUGCUUCUAAUCGUGGGACUGUUAUGGAGCUUGGAAUCACUCCCAUUGUGACAUCUGGAAUGAUAAUGCAACUCCUUGCCAGUUCGAAGAUCAUUGAAGUGGACAACAAUGUUCGUGAAGAUCGUGCCCUGUUAAAUGGUGCACAAAAGUUGUUAGGCAUCUUGAUAGCCAUUGGCGAAGCAGUUGUCUAUGUUCUCUCAGGGAUGUAUGGUAGUGUCGGCCAGCUUGGAGUGGGAAAUGCCAUUCUCAUCAUCCUUCAGCUUUGCUUUGCUAGUAUCAUUGUUAUAUGUCUGGAUGAACUUCUUCAGAAAGGAUAUGGUCUGGGCUCUGGAAUUUCCCUUUUCAUAGCAACCAAUAUCUGUGAAAGCAUAAUCUGGAAGGCAUUAAGCCCCACAACCAUCAACAGCGGCAGAGGUGCUGAAUUUGAAGGAUCUGUUAUUGCUAUGUUCCAUAUGCUUUUAACUCGAGAAAACAAGAUUCGUGCUCUCCGAGAAGCCUUUUAUCGGCAGAAUCUCCCAAAUGUGACAAAUCUGCUUGCUACAGUCUUGGUUUUCCUGAUUGUUAUCUACUUCCAAGGUUUCCGAGUGGUUUUGCCUGUGAGGUCAAAGAAUGCCCGUGGGCAGCAGGGCUCAUAUCCUAUCAAGCUGUUCUACACCUCUAACAUGCCCAUCAUUCUACAUUCUGCUCUGGUUUCCAACCUCUACAUGAUCUCUCAGUGGCUGUACAGGUGGUACAGUGGAAACUUUUUUGUGAAUCUCUUGGGCCAGUGGAAGGAAUCUGAAUAUGGAAAUGGUCAAUCUGUUCCUGUAGGUGGCCUUGCAUAUUAUGUCACUGCUCCAUCAAGCUUAGCUGAUAUGGCAACCCAUCCUUUUCAUGCACUGUUCUAUCUUGUGUUUAUAUUGUCAGCCUGUGCAUUAUUCUCAAAAGCUUGGAUUGAAGUUUCAGGAUCAUCUGCUAGAGAUGUUGCCAAGCAGCUCAGGGAACAACAAAUGGUAAUGCCCGGCCACCGUGAGGCAAGCUUACAGAAAGAGUUGAACCGUUGCAUACCCACUGCAGCUGCAUUCGGAGGCAUGUGCAUUGGUGCACUUACAGUAUUGGCAGAUUGUAUGGGAGCAAUUGGGUCGGGAACUGGCAUUCUUCUUGCAGUCACAAUCAUUUAUCAAUACUUUGAGAUUUUUGAGAAGGAGAAGGCCAGUGAGCUUGGCUUCCUUGGAUUCUGAGACUUGGGGUUUGACUCGAGGGAUGGUUGUGCUUACAAGCCUCCAACAAUUUUGGGUGAGCUGAGAGAUGUAUUUAAGGCCGCCCUUUGAUACCAAAGGUUAGAGUUUUAGGUAGUUCAAUAUGUUUUCUUAACUCAUAUUCUUUUAGGAAGGAUUGUUAUGCGUAGAGGGUUCUUACAAUCUGUUUGAUGAAUAUGGAAGGAAGGGAAUAUAUGAAGAGAUGAGGUUUCGAAACCCAAAAUCUCCAUUGUUUUUCUUUUUCCAUAUUCAUCAUUCUAAAUUUGACUUUCUGGAUCUAUUGAAAUUUUCAAUUUAAUCCAAGGUUGGUUUUCGGAUCUAUUGAAUCCGAGUUUCUUAA